ACUGCUCACUCUGCUGCCGUUGCUCUGUGGUGGUGCCUCGUCGUUUUGCCGACGCCGCUUCAGUGUAAAUUUUUCUUUUGGCCCAUUCGGAUGUGGCCACGACGCGCGCGUUGUCCGUUAAAAUUAUUCUUAUUAUUAUUGUUGUUAUUAUUUAGGCUUUAACUGUGGAUCCGAUCCGCUGCGCUUGCCCUUUCGUUUCUGUCGUGCAUAUAUUUGUGUUCCAGUUGCAGCAGCGUCCCCGAGUCCGGGUUGUGGGAGGAGAUGGCCGAAACGAUCAGCAGCGCAGCCAGCAGCAUGGAGCUGGCCCUCAAGGACACCAGCCCCUCGGUGGCAGUGGGCGGUGGUCUCAUAGUGGACAUGACGCCGACGACGGCAGCUCUGUUGCACCACAAUGCGCUGGCCCUGCGCAGCCUUAAGGAGGCGGCGGCCCAUCGGGAUGCGUCCGUGUCGGGGUCCGGAUCCGCCUCGGAAUCAGAGCUCCCAGAGCCGCGCUCCCCGACGCCGACACCCACGAAUCUCAGUACUGGCGGCCCCCACUCGCCGCCCAUGACAUUCCGCUGCGAGAGAUGUGACAAUUUCGAGACGAGCUCCCGGGCCUCCCUGCUCCUCCACGUAGUGCAGUGCUUGGCCGGGCAGGCGGCUGCGGCCGCGGCGGCGGCCUCGGUGCGCCUGAAGAGCGAGGAUCUGGGGGAGCCGGAGAACAUGAGCCUCAGCCACAUGGACACGGGAAAGCCCUCGUCGGACAACGUCGGGGGGUCCAGCUCCUCGGCCAGCUCCUCGCCGGCGGGCAACGGCAGUGGCAACAGCAGCAGCUCCAGGAAGGUAUUCGAGUGCGACGUGUGCAACAUGAAGUUCUCCAACGGAGCCAACAUGCGGCGCCACAAGAUGCGGCACACGGGCGUGAAGCCGUACGAGUGCCGCGUCUGCCAGAAGCGAUUUUUCCGCAAGGACCACCUGGCCGAGCACUUCACCACCCACACCAAGACGCUGCCCUACCACUGCCCCAUCUGCAACCGCGGCUUCCAGCGCCAGAUCGCGAUGCGCGCCCACUUCCAGAACGAGCACGUGGGACAGCACGAUCUGGUCAAGACUUGCCCCCUCUGCAGCUACCGGGCUGGGUCCAUGAAGUCGCUGCGCAUCCACUUCUUUAACCGGCACGGGAUCGACUUGGACAACCCCGGGCCCGGCGGCACCUCCUCCCUGCUGCUGGCCCUCGAGUCGCAGGCCUCGGCGGCGGCGGCUGCGGCAGCUGCCAGCUAUGUGCCGCCCGGCAUGAGUCCCGUUCCCGUUCCCCAGGGUCAAGCCCAGCAGCAUCAGCAUCAGCAGCAGCAGUCGUCCUCGGUGGCGCCUCCUCCUGCCAGUCAUCAGAGCGACAGCGGGGAGUCGAUGCGCUCCCUGGAGAACGCCACACCGCCCAUGCACUUCCUCACGCCGCACGUGGAGAUCUCCACGCUGAGCGAGAAUGGCAACACGGAGCUGUUCAACCUGAUUUGCGUUUGGCGUGAAUCUGCAUUGCAGGGCAACAACAACAACUGCAGCAGCAGCAGCAGCAACAACAACAAUAACAACAACAACAACAACAACAACAACAACAACAACAACAACAACAACAACACCAGCAACACCAUUAGUGUCAUUAGCAAUGGAAACAGCGAAUCGAAUGCGGAGAAGGUGAAAGAUCGCGCCCUGAUCAUGCAGUCGCCGGUGGAGCUGCAGCUGCAGCUGCCCAUGGACUGCAACACAAAGGCCACACCCAUCACGUCGAGCACCACGACAACGGUGAGCCUCAAGAGUCAUCUCCAGCAGCAGCACCAGCAGCAGCAUCAUCACCAUCACCACCACCACGAGAAUCACAUAACGCCCUCGAUCAGUCUGAUACCAAUCAAGCAGGAGCCAAUGACAGAGGAUGUGGACAAAAAGUUACAGAUCAAUGGCAGCGAUCCCAGCAGCGACACUGAACAAUCUUCCAACCACAGCAGCAGCCCCCACAACAACAACAACAGCAACAACAACAACAGAACCUCACUGAUCAAGGUCUCACCAUUGAAGUCUCUCCUGCGUGAAGAUCUGAAACGUCGAAUAUGCGCCAAGGCCAACAACCGGAUCACACGGAAUGCCACACCCCUGGAGAGCAACAGCGUGCUGUCGAACAGUCUCAGCAAUGGAUCGGGUCCGGGGUCUGGAUCGGGCGGCGUAAACAGCAGCAGUAACGGCGGUGGCACACCCGCAUCAGCCUUGCCAAAUCCCAGCAACGGGUCCAGCUCCACACAGAUAUGCAAUGGGACGAUCACGUCGACGGGCCAGGAUGGGGAUCUGCUGAAUCGCAAGCUCAUACUCACCUGCCACUUCUGCGGCAUCGAGUUCCCCGACGAGACGCUCUACUUCCUGCACAAGGGCUGCCACUGCGAGAGCAAUCCGUGGAAGUGCAACAUCUGCGGCGAGCAGCUGAACAACGUCUACGACUUCAAUGCUCACCUGCUGAGCAAGAGUCAUCAAUAGCAGCCACAGUUCGCCAGCGGCAUGUAAGCCAGCUGGCACUUGGAUGCGAUGGAAUGGGAUGGAGUGGGAUGGAGUGGAGUGGAGUGGAAUAGGAUGGGAUGGGGAGGAGAUCCAAUCCUCCAGAUCCGAUGGACAAACACGGAUGCAAAAGCAAAAGCAAAUGCAAAAGCGAAGGCGAAUGCGAAUGCGAAUGCGGAUUCCGAAUAUUUACUUAGCUCAAUUUUGAGAGAUUUUCCACAACCAGGCACACAGUUACGCUCAGAGCAAAUGAUUAUACACCUACCAUCUAGUUGUACAUCUAGGUCUACGUUUACAUCUACAUUAUAUAUAGUUAUAUACAUACAUACGUACAUAUAGAGAUAACACUCAUCAUAUUUUUAUGAUCUGCAUGCGGAGCCUCUGCAGGCGAGGCAUGGAAUGAGAGCUACGUAGUUACCUAAUCCCUUAACGAAUCGAAACUUUAUAUGAACGUUUAACGUGACAAGGAAAAGAAACAGAAACAGAAACGGAAACAGAAACAGAAACGGAAACAGAAACAGAAAACGAAACCGAAUAUGAUGUUGAAUACCUUCCCCUAAGCGAACCGAACCGUACAGAACCGAACCGAACCACCCUGUUAUGUAGUGUUAUUAUGCAUUAGGUUUAGUAGUUUUAGUCUUUAAGUCUUGGCAAUAAUUUUCCAGCCGGUUCAACUGGCAGCAACACACUUACGCGAUACGUAACAAGUACAGUACUUUCACGUGACGUAAGUGAUCUUAGGUCGGUCUUAGUGCAUUGUAGUGCAUUACGGGGGACGCCUCAAAGGUGGCAAUUUAUGGUUUUAAACUGGGCAUCCGGCAUCAAUCUACUCAUCGUAUACACCACAUCGAACAUCGUAUAUGUACAUCGUACACAUUAGUUUGUAUGUAUGUAUGUAUAUUCGUACAUCAAAAUGCCUAAACAGUUUCAACAAAGGCUUUAAAUUUGUUAUGUUUUCAGAGUUUAAUAGAACAGCAACAAGUUUAAUUAUAACAGAUCUAUAUGCAAAAGCGGUAUAAGCAACGUUACAAUUCAUAUAUGUAAAACAGGAUAUAUAUAUAUAUAAACACACACACACAAACACAUAGCCAGGUUAUAUACAAGACCCUCUCACUGACACACACCAACUCACACUAACACAGGUACAGAUACAUAGAUACAAAUACAUUAGCAGAUACAGAUACAGCUACAGAUACAGCUACAGAUACAGCUACAGACAUAGACACAGUUUGUUUUAGCUUAGCAAGAGGUUAACGAAUUUUGAAUUCAAUUAUUAUAAUCGUAACUUUUACUUAAAAACAAGCAACAAACAAAAAACGAAAGCAGUAAAAGAAGCAGUAAAAGGAAGCAAUAAAAGGAAGCAGUAACAGCAACGUAACAAAAAGUAACAUUUCGAAUACCCGCACAGUGCUGCUCAACAGUUUGCAUACAUCGCCUGUGUCCCACUGUGUGUCCAAAGCAUAGCAACAUUUUUUGAAACAAGCAAAACGCAAAAAGAAAUGCAAAAAUUACAAUUGUGAUACGAAAUUGUUGUAAAUAAUUGGUAAACUGAAACAUGAAACCUUAUUGUUUAGAUAAAAACUAUGCCUUAGAUGCCUAUGAUAUAGCAUUACAUAAGUACACACACACACACACACACAUUUAUAAAUAUACUGACAAGUAUAUGUAUAUGUAUAUGUAGAUUUACAUCUAUGAUACGAGCACGUGUGCGCAAACACUGUACAAAGGAAACAAAAUGGAGAAGCCAACUUGGACACGAAGCUGUUGAUUAGUAUAGUUAACUUUAGUGUAAAUCAAAAUUUAAAUACUCCCUUUCCUGAAUCCACGUUUCCCAUUCCCCUUUCUCUUUCCCGUUUCCUGUUCCCGUUCCCCAUUCCCAUUCCCACCUCAACUCUAACCCAAUCUUGGCUGACGUCGCGGGUUGUAUGCAGUCAGCAAGGCGCCACUGUGCGGCGCCAAAUUUUACUUCAGAUUUAACAUCCGUCCAUGAUGUUCACAAAUUUCUAGGCCUGAUAGCGAAAGUAAUCCACGUAUUCAUAAAAUUCAUCUGUGUAAAAAAAAUGAAGAUAAGGAACAUAAACUAAAACCCAUCCCAAUGUGUAGGUCCUUCUCUUUCGGUUGUUAAUGAUCUUUACACUUAGUUAGAAUUAAUCAUUAGUCGAAGAUUUUUGUUAGACUUUUUAUUUGUUUCUCAUCUCUGUUAGCGCAUUCAUUGUACAUUUUAUCUUCUUCUAGACAUGGUAAUCUUUCUUUUACAACACUUUGCUCUUCUCUAGCCAAUUCCCUUGUGUAAAAAUGGUUUGUUGUGUUCAUUUAAUAUAGUACCCAUAUUCAGUAAUCUAUCCUAGGGAUUAAUUAUGUUUUUGUUUUUAUACAUACACGUACGCCUGCGUACGCAUUGAACUUUGUUAAUAAACUAGCAUCCAGUUGUUAUUAAAAAUACCAAUCCAUUUCGAAAUCAAAAGCGUAUAACGUUGAAUGUAACGAUUGAGCAAUUUUUAGCUGAACUUUCGUGUUGAAUUUUAAUAGAAUUAAAUCGAUAAAUGAGAAAAAAGAAAGUGGAAAAACACCAAAUGCAGAAACAAAACAUUUACUUAAUUAGUGAUUAUAAUUAUAGCUACAACAAAAAGGCAUGUUAAUUUUUUA